UUACCUAACUUUACCUUUCACACUUCAGAUUUUUUUUUUUUUACCGCUCUGAAAAUCUUUUUCCGCAAGUACGGUUCUGAUAGGUCAUGACUGUGAGGUGACAAUAAUAAUGUGGCAAUUUUAUCUCACGAUCUUGUUUACUUUUUUCAUUAUUGUGAAACAUGUCACUUGUUCAUUGGGUGACAGAUCACAGUUUUACAGAGAUUGCAUUUUUGAGUGUUAUGCCUCCGUUUGCGAACACAAUGCCCAAUUUGAAGUACGAGGCUCAUCGAUUGACAGACCACUAACCGAAUGGAGCUGCGAAGAUGACUGCGCUUAUAAUUGCAUGUGGGAGACCGUCGAUCAUUUUUUGCAACAUGGACACAAAGUUCCACAAUUCCAUGGGAAGUGGCCAUUUGCAAGAAUUUAUGGAUUCCAAGAACCAGCUUCCGUGAUAUUUUCCAUUUUCAAUUUUUGGGCUCAUGUUUUAAUGUAUAUCCGUUUUCGAAAGGAAACCCGGCCAGGUUCGCCAAUGGCACUUUUAUGGACUUAUUUUACAGUGGUAUGUUUGAAUGCGUGGUUUUGGUCAGCAAUAUUUCACGCCCGAGAUAGACCGUUUACCGAAAUGAUGGAUUACUCGUGUGCUUUUGCAAUGGUCAUCACACUCUUCUACUGCAUGCUAAUGAGAAUUGCUUACAAUAACAAGAAAGCAUAUCUCGUUAUAACUUGUGCCUACAUCAGUAUUUUAUUCACUCAUUUGUCCCAUCUGUGGUCGGGAAAAAUCAACUAUGGAUACAAUAUGAAAAUCAAUAUACUGAUUGGUUUUCUCACUUUUCUGAUAACAAUAAUCUGGUGGUAUUUAAAUCACAGAAGAUUGAGGCACGCUUAUCUUAUUGGCUGGUUCAAUAUCUUAACUGUUCUGGUCACUCUUUUUGAAGUGGCUGAUUUUCCACCGUAUCGUUGGAUUUUCGACGCUCAUGCUCUCUGGCACGCAUCUACAGCGCCACUUACUUUUUUCUUAUACAGGUUCAUCAUUUCGGACUGUCAAUACUUGAGAAAGCAAAGUACGCAAGUGCAGUUGGAUUAUCGUCAAUUUUACAACUGAAAUUUCUCAUUAUUAACUUUAAUUAGCCAAUAAUAGGAAUCCCUGUAAUAAUGACGAUGCAUACAAAAAUUCAGUGACAGUAAUUACUCGAAUAUCAGCAUUUAUUUUGAAUGUUUAACGUAGUUGAGUAAAUGAAAUCCUCAUUCCACAAUGUUGAUUUAUAAGUUAUUAAGAUGUACUGAUGGGGGAAAGAGAGCAGGAAAAAUGAAAAGAAAAGUGUGGUUCUGUGAAUCUUGAUCUAUUUUUCGAGAUUACAGUUUAUAUGAUUUUUCAAAUUAUUUCGUCGCAUUUUUUUGUAUCUUAAGUAGACUCUGAAUAAUUAAUCGCUUAAUUAAUUAAUUUACAUAAAAGUAAAGCACUUAAGUAUCAUUCCAUUUGCGUAUUAUUUUAAUUAUUUACUAGUUCAAGGUUUUUCAAACGUUGCAGAGACUUUAGUCAAUUUGAAGGAAUGUUUGUCGAUAAUUAACACUCGUUAGAGAAAAAAAACGAGAAAUGUUGAUUUAAAAUCGUUAAAAACAAUGUAUGAAUUAGGUUAACCGACGUCGUAAAGUUGAUUUUUAAGUACUCGUCUGUGUUAUACCCCCAAGUUAAAAAAGGCCCGAUAAGAAAAUCAAUGCCACGACAUGAAUGCAAUUCGUCAACAAUAAAUCUAGUCGAUUUUUUUAAAUAA